CUCACGCACUAUACCUGAACUGCAGGGGAGCCGAAGGGCGCUGCGUGACGUGGUCACGUGACGUUCUUAACCGUCACUGCCUCGGACUGAGAGACGCGGCUCAGGUAGCUCUGAUAAUAUCUUGGGAAACUUAAAAGCGCUGUGGGAAGUAUUGUGAAAUAAAAGAUUUUUUUUCUCCGACUUCAGGUUUUGUUAACUCAGAACUCAGCACAGUCACUUUUCUUUAUACCCUUUCCUGACGGGACUAAAAGUUACAGAGACACGAGUGUAAGCAGACAUGGAAUAUAUUAACCACUGGACCUGUGAACGGUAGCAAAAUGUUUGAAGACUUGCCUCCAGUCUGUCUAAAAGAUAAUGGCUGCAGGGAUCUUGCACCAGCUUGUACUUUUUAAAACAAGAAGUCUUCUAUCCCGGCUCUAAAUGUGUGGCACUACUGCGAUGGAUUUUCAGAAGAGGUUUUCAAGAGGUUGCAGGCCUCUGCACUGGAGACUCACUCCGACCUAAGACUCAUUAACUGGGGUGGGGGAAACUGACAAGAGCCACUUUUUUUUAGCAUGCUUGCCAGUGCUGGUACUUCAUCUGAUUUUAACUUUUUUAAAGUGUACAUAAAGACCUGAAACUUGAGAAUGUUUGGCAAUACUGCGAUGGCAGCUUUGCUCUGCUUGCUGCUGUGUGGAUUGAACCGAAGGCUCGACGCCUCUAUGUUAAACUGCAUCCCCAGGAAAAGUGUGCUCCACCAAAAUGGCAGCAUUAAAACUUUCAAAGAGGAAGGAUUCUUCAAUUAUUCAACCAUGCUGGUUAGAGAAGACAUUAACACUCUGUUUGUGGGAGCCAGGGAAGCCGUCUAUGCCCUUAACAUGGAGGACAUAUCGGAGAGACUAUCUACUGUUUACUGGACAGUUCCGGAGAGCAAACAGCGUGAAUGCACCAACAAAGGAAAAAACAAAGAUACAGAAUGUCGGAACUACAUUCGUACCCUACACAAAAUAGAUGAUGCCAAAAUGUAUGUUUGUGGGACAAAUGCCUUCAGUCCUACCUGUGCCUAUAUGACUUUCAAUAAAGGACAACUGCUGCUUGAAAACAAUUUUGAAGAGGGUAAGGGCAAGUGUCCUUUUGACCCCUUCCAGAGGUACGCCUCAGUUCUGGUUGAAGAUCAUCUCUACGCUGCGACUUCCAUCAAUUUCCUGGGAUCGGAACCAGCGGUCAUACGCAAUUCAGGAAACUUCCUCCGGACCGAAUUCAAGGCCUCCUGGCUCAAUGAACCCAACUUCAUUUACAUGGACAUGGUGGAGGAGAGCCAGAACAACGCAGAUGGAGACGAUGAUAAAGUGUACCUGUUCUUCAGUGAAACUGCUGUGGAGUACGACUUCUACAACAAGCUGCUGGUGUCCAGGAUUGCUCGUGUGUGCAAGGGUGAUCUAGGAGGCCAGAGGACGCUGCAGAAGAAAUGGACGACCUUCUUAAAAGCCAGCCUGGUCUGUUCUGUCCCAGAGCUGAACGUACAGCUCAUCGUCCAGGACGUGUUUGUAUUGAAGUCGGAGGACUGGAGAGAGAACAUCUUCUACGCCGUGUUCAUCCCGCAGUCGGGGGCGCUGGAUAUCUCUGCAGUGUGUGCGUACAGCAUGACCGCGGUUCAGGAUGUUUUCUCAGAGGGGAAAUACAAAGCUCCCGUCACAGUGGAGUCCUCUCAUGUGAAGUGGGUGAUGUACAGUGGAGAGGUGCCUGUGCCCAGGCCUGGGGCUUGUAUUAAUAACCAAGCAAGAGCUAUGGGUAUCAACCGCUCCCUCGACCUGCCUGACAAAACGCUGCAGUUUGUGAGAGACCAUCCUUUGAUGGAUGAUUCAGUGACCCCCAUCGGUGGCCAGCCCAGACUGGUGAAGAGGGGGUCCCGGUUCAGCAGGAUCGUGGUGGACAGAAUCACAGCGCUGGACGGCAAACCAUACGACGUCAUGUUCAUCGGAACAGAGAAUGGGUUCCUGCAGAAAGCUGUGAACUUCGACGGGGAGAUGUUUAUUAUUGAGGAGGUCCAGCUUUUUCAACCACCUGAGCCAGUCCAGAGUCUUACUCUGUCUUCAAAAAAGGGUCAGGUCUAUGCCGGGUCCCCGUCCCGCGUAGUGCAAAUGUCUUUCUCCGUGUGCAGACGGUACGAGACGUGUCUGGAUUGCGUGCUAGCAAGGGAUCCAUACUGUGCAUGGGACCUGGCUGUGAAUCGGUGUGCUGCUACCGCUGAUAGGACUGCUGAUCCACAGAACUUGAUCCAGAGUGUAGGCAAAGGAGAUGCCUCUAGCUGCCCAGAUCUCGGAAACAUCAAAACAAAAAAGCGCACAUUUAUUCCUGGGAAUAACAUUCAGCUCAGAUGCAGUCCCAUCUCAAACCUGGCGCAAAUCCACUGGACUCUGAAUGGCAGCUCCAUUCAGCUGAGCAACCCCAAAUACCACACCUACAACGGUGGGAUUCUUCUGUUCAAUGUGUCGGUGGCGGACACGGGACAGUACACCUGUCAGUCUGUGGAGCAAGCGAACGGGAAGCAAUACCUGCUGACAAUGGCCGUUUACAAUCUACAGCCAGAGCAGAGCCAGGGGCAGAACACGGAGAAUGCAGUGACCACGCAGUCCCCGGGGACCACACAGUCCCCUGGAAACACCAGAUUCACACCCACGCCGCCAAUAGUUCCAGGCGAAUGGAACCCGAAAAUAAUGCUGCAGACGGAUGACAAAAGGGUGCUGGUCUUGCAAAUUUUAGUCGGCAUUUUAGCAUGCCUGCUGGUUUGUUUGCUGACUUGGAACUUGUACAAGCGGCACUUGCCGCUGCCUUGCGUGAAGCCAAAGGUGAAGGAGCCGACGAGGAAGGUGCUGAUCGACGGCGUGGACACCACCGCGCACCAGGUCUCCUUCAAUGCUAGAGGACACUUUGAGGCAUCCCCCCUGGUUAACAACUGCCAGACGGGAACGACUGUGAACAGCAGGAUUACCAACAACAAUAACGCUGCUCGACAAUGCAAGGACCAUGACUCUUUCAUUAUACCUUCGAUGUUACUGGGAGCGGACGACUUCAAAUAUAUUGAUGAGGAAUCUGAAAUUUGAUAUAUAUAUAUAUAUAUAUAUAUUUUUUUUUUUAAACUGAGGCAGCUAACUUUUUUCCCUUGAUUUUUCUUAUUUGUUACUUCCCAAAAGUGUGUUCUCUUUUUUUUUUUUUAAAUGUAAAUGAACUUGAUUGACCUGUACUUUUUUUUUGUUUUUUUUGUUCAAUGUUUUUAAAUUCUGUUGUCUGUCCAAGCGAUAUUGUUGCUGGUUUUAAUAUUAGAGAAUGAAAAGGAAUCUGAUCGCUUGCAGACAGCGACUGUUUGUUUGCACAGUUUUCGUUCAGGAACCUUUCUUUGGAUUGAGUCUCAGAUUUUUUUCCAGCUGUGGUAUUCUCUUAACAAGUGCACUCAAUGUUGGGCCUGUGGAUGAUUGAAUAGCUUUCUAGUUUCAUUGCUGUUGUCUCUUACUUUACAAAACCACUUUACAUUUCCAAGUAUUUUGUAAUUAUAUGUACAUAGUUGAAACAAUCUGAAACUAAUAUUGAAUUGCUGUUAAAACUAGUAUAGUCACAUUUUUAAGAAUGUACCUUUUUUAAAAAAAAAAAAAUAAGCUAAAAGCAAGUUUUGAACAAAAAUGUGCAGUGCUGGAGAUGAAAUAAAAUUCUAGGGAUUUAUUUUUUAUUUUUUUCAGAUUUUCAGUUGUAAAAAAAAAUUGUUUUGGUACUGUCAGUGAUCCUUGUUUUAACUUUUAAAAUAAAUUUUAAAAAAAAGAAA